GUCUGUGUGGAAUUUCAUGGUCUCUGGACACUAAUCGGGUGGGCGUUGGGAUUUAGCACAAGCUUUUCAGUUUUUUUCCUAUUCAAUUCAAGCUUUUCAAGACUCUUGGGAGCACGUAGAAGAAAUACUUCCGCAUUACUUUUCAGCCAAGCCUUCUAUUCUGAGACCUGCCUACAUUGUGAACACUCGCUGGCUUGUACGUUCAGUAUAGACGAUCCCAUUGCUGGAAAGUAAAAAAAAAAAAAAAAAAAAUCAGGUUAAUAGCAAAGCAGACCUCAAAGUCCACCCUACAGUCAGUACAGUGAGAAAGGCUUAAAGCGACACCCUCGUUCCUUGAAGCCUGAAAAUGCCUGCUAUGGGCGCGCGAUGUCUGAAGCAAAUCGGAUGCCUCAGCCUAAGAACUUAUUCCAAAACUUCUGGAAAGCCGAAGCUGAAAUAUGACGCUGUGAUCAUCGGAGGAGGACACAAUGGCCUGGUAGCGGCAGCUUAUCUACAGAAGUCUGGGGUGAACUGUGUGGUACUUGAGAGGCGUCACGUGAUUGGCGGAGCAGCGGUUACUGAAGAGAUUAUUCCAGGUUUUAAGUUCUCCAGAGCGUCCUAUCUCCUCAGUCUCCUGAGACCACAGAUAUACAAAGACCUGGAACUAAAGAGACACGGAUUGAAAAUUUAUUUCAGAGACCCUCAUUCCUUCACUCCAUUACUGGAAAAUGUAGGCGGACGUCCUCCGAGGUCCCUCACUCUUGGGACAGAUAUGACUGAGAACCAGAGGCAGAUAGCACAAUUUUCGGAAAAAGAUGCCAAGGCCUAUCCAGAAUAUGAGGAUUUCAUGAAUCGUCUUGUGGCAGCUAUAGACCCUCUCCUUGAUGCCCCCCCUGCAGACACCGCAGCCAUAGCACAGGGGUCUCUGAUGACAAGACUGAAGUCCCUUAAGACACUACGUCCCUUAUUGAAAGCAGGUGUUACACUGGGGAGUCAACUUCCUAAAUAUUACCAAGUCCUUACCGCUCCAAUAUCUAAGAUAUUGGAUGAAUGGUUUGAGUCUGAACCUUUGAAGUGCACUCUCGCCACGGAUGCCGUAAUUGGAGCAAUGUCUUGUCCAGCCACACCCGGCAGUGGGUAUGUUUUACUCCAUCAUGUCAUGGGGGAACUGGAAGGGAAGAAGGGAUCAUGGGGCUAUGUAGAAGGAGGAAUGGGCAUGGUGUCCAAUGCAAUUGCCAAGGCUGCUAAGGAAUUGGGGGCUGAAAUUUACACAGAAAAGACAGUGGUGCAGAUCCUGGUGGACAACCAAGGGAAAGCGAUUGGUGUGGCCCUACAGGAUGGAACAGAAAUACGGAGUAGGUUGGUCCUGUCCAAUGCAACACCUCACCACACCUUUCUGAGUAUGACACCAAAGGAGCGAUUGCCGGAGGAUUUUAUAACAAUGAUUACACAGUUUGAUGCCAAGUCCCCAGUUACCAAAAUAAAUGUGGCUGUGGAUCGGUUACCAAACUUCCUGUCCAGACCGAACACACCCGAUGGCAAACCACUGCCUCAUCACCGCUGCUCCAUCCAUCUCAACAGUGAGGAAAUGCAGCUGCUUAAUACCGCCUAUGAGGACGCCAGUAAGGGGCGGCCGUCUGAACGGCCAAUGAUCGAGCUCUGCAUUCCCUCAUCCCUGGACCCGACCCUCGCUCCUCCAGGAUGUCAUGUUAUUUCAAUCUUCUCCCAGUAUACACCGUACACCCUCAGCGAGGGAAGAACAUGGAGCAAUGAGGAAAGGGAUAACUAUGCAGAUAAUGUUUUUGACUGGAUAGAAAAAUAUGCUCCGGGCUUCAAGGCGUCGGUGAUCGGCAGAGACGUCCUCACGCCACCGGACCUGGAAAGGAUAUUCGGUCUCACUGGAGGGAACAUUUUCCAUGGGAGCAUGUCUCUGGACCAGUUGUAUUUUUCUCGCCCAGUACCAGGAUUUGCCAAUUAUAAGACCCCUAUCCCAGGUCUUUACAUGUGCAGCAGUGGAGCACAUCCAGGUGGAGGUGUUAUGGGCGCCCCAGGAAGAAACGCAGCGCUGGCAGCUUUACAGGACCUCAAGCUUCGGUCUUGAUAUUCUGGAAAAACGCUAUAUCCUCCAUUGUUACAUUCAAAUAAAGUGAAUACUU